ACGGUCUUGCGGUACGUAGGACUGAAAGGUUUAUUCUCACUGUGGAUUUUCCACAGAAGACACGUCCACCCUUUUAAAGACAAUGAAUAACAUUCGCAAUAUUUAACAUUUGUGUUGUCCUUUUCAGUGGGAUAUUGAACUAUCUUAACUGUUUUUGUCGCGCUUUCCUUCUAUUGGAUUUUUUUUUUUUUUUUUUUAGGAAGGGCGUGUUUGGCUGAUCUGGACCGGGAGUUUCAGCUCCUGUGCUUGGGACACUUGUGAGGAAUGACAACAACUGGAAAGUCCCUGCAAUCCGCCUGAAUGGAAACAAUGGAUUAUAAGGACCUCGGACAUCAUUUUGAGGAGAAGCUGACACUGACAGAUAAAUCUCUGCCCUUGCAAAGUGAGUGUCAGACCAUCCACAUUGGAGAUAAGUCCCUGGGCAGCGUAUUCCUCACCCCUGAUGAAUCCGCCAUCACAGACCUCUCCCCCAAGACUGAGUCCUGCACCAAAGCAGAAACCCCCACUGAGACGGAUGCCUCCUGCAAGACGGAGCCCAGCCCGUCAGGGCCUGGCACCGACAGCAGCCCUCCGCCCAAGAAAGAUUCAAUGAACUCAGAGCAGCGGCAGAAGCUUGCCAAGCAGAGAAGAGAAGAACGAGCCAGAUAUAUUGAACAGCAAACUCAGCUGCAAGCGGCAAAGAAGGCCCAGUGGCUGGAGAAAGAGGAGAAGGCCCGGCGUCUACGAGAGAGCCAGCUGGAGGACCGCAGGAAAAAACUGGAGCAGCAAAGACUGAAGGCUGAGAAACGCAGAGCCUUGCUUGAGGAAAAACAGAAACAGAAACUAGAGAAGAACAAGGAGCGAUACGAGGCAGCCAUCAAGAGGUCGACAAAGAAGACCUGGGCCGAGAUCCGUCAGCAGAGGUGGUCCUGGGCCGGCGGACUCAACCAGACCUCUCGCAGAGAAAGCAGAUGCUCGGCCUCCACGGUCAACUUGCCCAGACAGGUGGACCCUGUCAUUAACAACAGGCUGUCCAAGUCCUCUGCCACGCUCUGGAACUCCCCCAACAGAACCCGCAGCCUGCGUCUGAGUCCGUGGGAGAGCCGGAUCGUGGAGAGGCUCAUGACGCCCACGCUGUCCUUCCUCGCUCGCAGUCGCAGCGUCGCCACCCUCCUCAACAACAGCGACUCUUACUCUCACCACUGCUCCCGUUCAGCUUCGGCCAGCCCGCUGAACGCCUGCUCCCACCACCCGCACCACAACUCCGCCGAGCGCUGGAGGCUCUCCUCCGCCAGCACGCCGGACAUCACCCAGCGCCAACGGCAACGGAACUCCACGCCGGUUGACAGAAAGAAGAAAGAAAAGAAAGACAAGGAGCGAGAAAAUGAGCAAGAGAAGAAUGCACUCACAAAAGAAAGGGUACAGAAGAAAAGACUGACGGCGUCACCAACCACCAUCACAAGGAGAUCCCAGCCCGAGUCCAGCAGCACUCCUAAGCCCAGAACAAGACCUCCGUCACCGGCUCCUCCUAAAAGUCCUCCCUUAUCUCCUUUGGUGCCGGCGCUCAAGACGCCCACGGGGAAAAAGACACCGCCACCCGGCUCCAAGACACGGCCCAAGCGGGCCCAGACACCCGCCAGGGUCCAGCCCCAGACGGUCACGACGGUCACCGUGGAAACAGGCCAAGAAUCCAAGGAGCCUGAUAGUUCAGAGGAGAAAAAGAACUCCAGUCAUGCACCAGCAACAUCUGCCGCUCCCAGCCCACCGCUGGUCCAAGUGCCAAAAGAAGAGCUCCCCACGCCAGCUGCUUCACCCGCAGUGAACGCCACAAGCAAUCCCGCCGCCGCCCCGGUUGUGACGUCCGGCAGGCCAUCGGCUGGCACUAACGACCCCGAGGAGGCCGCUCGCGUCCUCGCCGAGAAGCGCAGGCAAGCCCGGGAGCAGCGGGAGCGGGAGGACCAGGAGCGCCAGGAGCUAGAGCAGAAGAACAGGAUCCUCAGGGAGGAGGGCAUGGCGCGCGACGCAGAGGAGAGGAAGCGGCGCGAGGAGGAGGCUCGAUUCAUGGCCGAGCAGCAGCGUCUGAGGGACGAAGCCCAGCGGGCUGAAGAGGAGGAGCAGGCCAAGGAACGAGCCAAAGCCGAGCAGGAGGAGAACGACAGGCUGCAAAAACAGAAGGAGGAGGCUGAUGCAAAAGCACGUGAGGAGGCUGAGCAGCAGCGCAUGGAGAGGGAGAAGCACUUCCAAAAAGAAGAGCAGGAGCGCCUGGAGAGAAAGAAGCGUCUUGAGGAGAUCAUGAAGAGGACUCGCAAAAGUGAUGCAGGAGAAAAGAAGGAGGUGAAGGCCUCACAGCAGGUUAAUGGAAAAGACACAGAGCUGAGUAAAGGCGAAAACCUGCUGAGUCCCGCCGCGUCCGACCCUGUGUCAAACGGAGUCCAGAACGGCGUGUCGGCCAACGGCGAGUUGGAGCAGAUCAUGCAGAUGAACAGCGGUGCCAACUCUGCAGCAUCACAAGGUGCGCUGCUCACUGGAGGAGAACCUUUCCUCAUGAAGACAGGACCCAUGAAACCGCAGCAUGUGGCAGAGGUCCUGUGAGCCGCCUACCAUCCAGCCAUGGACACGCGCCUUAUGUCUCCGCUUGAGCCUCCACCAACACACAGCGGCUUAGAGAGUAGUGUGCCAAACCUGUGCUGUUUCCAUGACAACAUGCAAAGGACGCAGGACGGUAGGACGAGGAGGAGGAGGACAUGUUUGGGAUAAGAUAAGCACUCAUCCAUAAAACGACACACACGAUCAGUAUUCUCUUGUCUUCAACAUGUGUUCUGGUGCAAGUUUUAUUGAAACAUCACACGCAUUUUUCGGUGCACCUCAAAGAUGACUGAAUUUUUAGAAAAUACAGUAUAAGAACCCCUAACCCCCCGCGCAAAAAAAAAACCUGUUUGACAAUGGUCGUUGUUAUUAUUAUUAUUAUUACUACCGUGCUUUCUGAUAUUGUUAAGUUGAACAAAGUGUGUUUGUGUCUGGGAAUACAGAGUUAUUUAACGCCAGGAGCCACAGACCGUGUAUGUAAAUGUAUAAGGAGCCCGGCUGCCUGUAGGACCCCGGCUUGUUGGCAGGGGUCCUGUCAAAUAAAGCUUUACGAAAGGGAAGGAAACAUGUGUCUAGUACUCUGUAUCAUUUAUAAAGAAGUGGCUUGUUUUUGUCAAUAAACGUCUGCGGCAUUGAGAA